AAAUUUUUAAACUGCAUCAGUCAACUGAUCGUCGUUCAGUGUAACACAAAAGAAACCAUGAUGAAGUCGGUUGCUUUCCUUGCCUUCUUGGCGCUAGCGUCGGCAGGACAAAUUUCUUACCCCUUCGCCCAAUCGAGCCAAUACGGACCAUCAUCAUAUGGGUAUGGUAGUGGUUAUGGAUAUGGACCAUACAGUUCGGCCUACAGUAGCGGGUAUGGAUCUGGAUACGGGUAUUAUGGACCUUACUCUGCUAAAUAUGGCUCAGACCUCCCAUCCAGUUAUGCUGGCUAUGGCAGUUACUACGGACCAUACAGUUCUAGCUACUUCUACGGACCUUACAGCUCCUCCGCUUCUGGUUACUCAGGAUACCCAUACGGUUAUGGCUCAGUAGCUGGAUACUCUGGACCUUACAGCUAUUCUUCUGGAUACUCCAGUUCAUAUGGAUACCCUUACGGUUAUGGAUCUGGAUACAGUGGAUAUUAUGGUCCAUACAGCUCUAGCUACUCCUACGGACCUUUCAGCUCUGGUUAUGGUUCUUCAGCCUACCCUUACAGCUACGGAUCUGGAUCCUACCCUGGAUACACUUCCUACCCAUCCGGUUCUAACUCUUACCCAUACAACACCUAUUCUUAUGCCUAUGGUUCCUAUCCCUACAAUUCUUAUGGUUCAUCUAACUAUGGAUACUACGGUCCAUACAGUUCAUCUGCAUACUCUGGUUCUUACGCCCCAUACAGUUACAACUCAUACAAAGGCUACACUCCAUACCAAUAUGGAUCCUACAGUGCUUAUCCAUUCUCUUCCUACGGCUAUGGUCAAAUCGCUGCCCCUGCUGCCUAAACUGCUAAACCAGGAAUAUCCACGAUAUUGAAUAUGACAUGACAACACAUAUGUAUAGUUUUUAAUAAUAAAGAAAUAUAAUUUCUUGUUAAAA